GCCGGCCGGGUUAGUUAGGUUCUUUCAAUUGAUCAAGUAACAUCCUACAUGAAGAGAAGCAAAAAGCGCCGAGAGCAAUCACAGUUUUAUCUAAAACUUGUCAGAGCAACCUACUGAACACAGAAAAAUAACAAGUCAGAGAGUCGCUUUUCUGUCACGGUCGUAAAUGAGCCAAGUACACACAACGUUGAGUUAUUUUGUAAAUUUUAUCAUUAUUUAGUAGUAACCUAGUAGACUCUUAACAAAUUGUCACCAAAAGUUACAAAGUUUUUGUCUGUGAAAAAAAGAAAAAAGAGGUAAUAAGGAAGAAAACAUCGACAUUCUUGUGUGAUAUAUAAAAAAAUCCAGUUGGGCGCUGCUGAAAUAGAGGAAAACCGAGUUUCCCGUUCCAAAAUCGAGCAGCUGAAGCACUGGGAAGAAAAUCGAUGAAAAACGGAAAAGUGUGAGCCAAAUCACGGAAGUUCGAACAGAAGAAGCAGUACGCCACGCAAGAUAUGCACGAGCGGAACUAACAUUGUUCGAUAGACUGUCGCGAAUACUUAGGAUUUUCAAAUUAUAUUCGACAUCCGAGACGGAGAGUUGAAAAUCAAUUGGAGCAACAAUAAUAAUCACUACACAAAAAAAAAAAAUACAAAUGAUUAUUUGAAACGAGCAAAAAAGUAAUAUUUAAAAAAAAAUUACAAGUUAAUGAAAAAAAGUGAUAAUCAAGUGCUGUGAAUUACAAAUAAUAAAUUUUAACCGUAAGCUAUAAAGUAAGCGAAAAAAAGAAGUCGAUACACAAGUCCUUGCAACGGAGCGAGAAGAAACGUGAAUAAAUAAAAAAGCAAGCCAAACGAAAGAAGUCAAGCGAAAAGCAUAGUGAACGCUUAACAAGAGCACCAGUGAAGCAAACAUCUCCCUUGUAUUUAUGAGUGCGAAUUUUGCUGCCAUUGACGAUCUGGUUGAAGAGUUUCUGAAAAUGGAACUCAUUUCCGUUCCUCCGUAUCCAGGCCAAUUGGGUUAUCUAGGAUCAAACAAAGUCAACGAUUUCCGAACACCGUUGAUGCCGAUUCCGGCUAGCAGUAACAAAACCUCCAAUCAACGCCAUCAGGCGCAGCACCAGCAGCAGCCGAGCAGUCAGCAGGUCGGUCAGCGCAAUCAUCAUCACCAUCACCACCACCAUCACCAUCAUCACUACCCGGCGUCGCAGGAGAACCAACCGGAACCGGCGACGAUAGCGCUAACCGCGUCGCCCCACGAAGAUGCCCUGCAAGCGCUGGCCGCCCGGCUCGAGUCGGAAUUGCGCACUGCCAAGAGGCGGCAUUUAGUCUGCACCGAAGUAUUACUCCCAGCCGAUCUUCUGCCCCGGAUAGCAUCCCAGAUGUUCGAGCUGUCCGAGAAGGAACCCUGCGGCAUCCGAGGUUGCACGGUUUACAUCGAGUUCGAGGACGAGCCGGACAAUAGCAGACGGAUCGCAACGAUGAAAACCGAUCCCACGACAGUAUCCACCUUUGAGCUAUAUCUUACUCUUCGGCAAGACAGGAGCGGUUGGACUUCAAUCUUGCCACAGUUUCUCAAAAAUCUGGCCCGUGGCAGCACAAUCAUGAUCAGUCCGGAGUUCGCGUUGACCAAGAACAAACUGUACCACACGUACUCCGACUAGAGCUCCUGCCUGACCUGUGGGGUUCUCUUUCAUCCACCGCCAACCCAUCGUCCCCGUCGUCGUCGUCGUCGAGAGAGCAAACUAAAGGUAGGAACGAUUUUUCCAACUCUUUCCAACCAAAAAAAAAAAAAACAAACAAACAUCUGUGAGAUAAUUGGGAGAAAAACAAACAAGUCAAAGCCUUCCGCCCCAGCGUUGUCCGCUAGAAGCGGACCUCCGAAGGAGGCACUCGAAGGGCUGCGUUACGCUGCAUGAAAACUACAAAACAACAUCUAUUUUUUAAGUAUUUAAUACACAUGAAAAAAAAAUUCGGCGCAUCGUGUGAGGGCAAACUAGAAAACCCAGAACAAAGUAUAUAUAUUAAAAAAAAAAAGAAAAAAAACAAACAAACAACCAAGUGAUGUUAAUGUGUAGAUGAUGCUAAAACUAAACAUUUCUGUAUAUGUAGCCAGCCAGCAUGCAAAAAAAAAAUCUCUCGUCUUUUUUAAUUUUUUGUGUAUAGCAAGGAAAAAAAUAAAAAAUGAUACAAAGAUACAAAUAAUUCGUCGCCAUUGUGAGAGUUUCGAGUUUAGGAGAAAGACGCAACAAUAAAAAAAAAGAGCGCAACAAAACCCUGUGUAUAGGAGAAAGCUGGAGACAACGUCGAUCAGAGAGAGAGCAGUAGCAGAACCAUUUUCGUUUUUCGUUGUCGGUGUUGAACAGUCAGAAAAGCCUUGAAUUUAAUUAUCACAGAAUAUAACUGGAAAAAUUGGAUAAAACACUCAAAAAAAAUGCAUUGUAGUAGUCGUCGUUUUAUGCGAAGAUCUUUUUUUGCGUUACUUUCGGACUGAAUUUUGAGCUAUUUCAGUUAGGUACGCUAAGUUUUCCUCACACGCACUCGGAAUUGGACUAACUUUAAACUUUGUUUGUUACACGUUGACAUUUUUUUUUAACUGUCAGUAGGAUUUUAAAAUUAUCGAAUCGUUUUUCGAAUGGUUGUUUGUACUAAGGAGAAGCUUAGUAGCAGUUACCGCCUUCACUGAUUUGUUCCGUUUUUUUCUAUUAGAUCUUUUGAACGAUUGUUUCGGGAUGUAGAAUGUUCCUAAAAUUCAAAAUUUGCAAAACUUCAAAAUCAAAAGCAGCAAGAGCGGUGGUUUAGAAAGAUAGGACGAAAACAGGCGGUCCGGAAGAGUUAGGAAGAAACCGACAAAGCAUUUGUGAGUAAUCUUUUUAUCAAAGGAUUUUUAAGAUUAAGCCAGAACUUAUCAUAUUUUUUGAAGGAUAUUUUCCGUGUCUUCGUCUCUGUGUAUAAAUUAAUGAUUAACUAUGAGCAGAUGAGCGGGAAUUUGUGAUAUUUGCGCUAAUUAAGAAUUCUGUUCUGUUCUCUUUUUUGCAAGCAACACAAUUCAGUAAGAGAUGGGCCCAAAAAAUGCCCACAAACCGAUAUUUUCUUUUUUCUUCUGUAAAGUUCUUUUUUGAUCUCAGAUUAAAUAAUCGAGUAGUAGUAAUCAUGAAUUAUCCAUACAAAACAGCUGAUAAAAAAGUAACGGUUUAAACAAUAGUAACGAAUGGCUUGUUGAUUUGCGUUCUGCAACAGCAACAACAACCACAAAAAAUACUUACACACAAACACUCACAGAUAUAUCAGAGACUAAUCAUCAAAUUAGAUGCUGUGGAACAAAACACAAAUAUCAAUUAUUAAAAACCCUCCUUUUCUACCGUAAAACUUCUAAAAAAAGGAACCGAGCACACAUAAACCGAUUUAAAACUUCAUCUUAACCACAACACGAUAAAUGGUUUUCAAAUUAUCCCACAAACCGAUGCUGAUCUUUAAUUAUCAUUAACUAUUACACUGUCAUUGUUUGUUACAGCAAGUAUAUAUUGAAUAUAUAUAUCUAUACGUGUCUGUAGUAGUUAUCAACAAAUUAUUAAUAUAUAACGUAUAAAACCACAAAAGCCGUAAACCUUAACAAAAAAAAAUUGUAUAAAUUGAGCGAUUAAAUACUCAAAACAAACAAUUUGAACCCAUUUUCAAACAUCUUUACCAAUUCUGUUGUUAGAAAACCAAUGUGAAAUGAUUAUGAUAUAGUACAUAAUCGAACGCGACAAGUCUCCACCAGCAGCGGGCGCCCCCCUCUUAAUCCAGCUCCAGUUAACCCCCCCCCCUAAAUCAAUGGCAAGCGGUGUGUAAAAUCAGUCCAACAUUCUGGGGAAAAUUCGUCUGUUUUUGAAACGAGUUUACCGCUACACGCAAAAAAAUUACUCCAGCAAAAAAACUGGCACGGUCGUCAUGAACAUCACGCAGGAAAAGAGCACCUUAUAAAAACUUGAUCAGUUGAAGAAUUAACCGCCUUUUCGGACGAUAAAGUGAAAUGUUUUUACCUCCCGGCUUGCUUUCGAUUUACGGGUUAAAUUAAUUGAAGCUGGAAGGGUGGGAAAACCACCCGCUUCUGGAAAUGAUUUAUUUCUCAACCCUGCCCUCCCCCUACCCAUAACAACGUCGCCUUCGAUUUCGCGAGCUGUCCCACCAUUGUGAUUUUUAGGUAUAAGUUUAUAGGCCGGUCAGAUGGAUAAUGAAGCGCUACCCGACCGUGGUCUCGCGGCUCGACCAGUUUGGAGCGAAUCGAUCGGAGUAAAAAAAGCAGAAAUUCGAUACAAUAAUAUGAUAAAGAAAAGAAAAAAAAAAUAAUGAAGAAUCGUGAUUAGGGAGUGAGAAUUUGAUGGAGGAAAAAAAUCGCAAACAAACCCGCUCUCAAUGAGAAUGAAUAUUAUUAUUACGAAAAAAAAGUGGAUAAGUGAAAUGUUUGAUACAAAAAAAUGUGUGUGUGUUUUUCUAUAUUUAUAUAUAAUAUAUAUCGUAAAAAAAGUAAACAAAAAACAAAAUUUAAAGUAUUAGGAUUUUCAAAUUCAGUGAAUCGUAACAAACAAAAAAAAAAAAACAGAGCAACAAUUUUUAAACAAAACCCCCGCGCGAAACCCCUUCUGCUUUUUCUUCACCUUCAAACGUUUGCAAUCAACCCGUACUAAUUGAACAGAUAGGUCACAAAGAAGCAGAAAAACACUAAACGGUCUUUAUUACAGCUGUACUGUCCCACUUUCAUAUUUAUUGCCCCAUCCUUGACAUUCAGAACGAAUCAUAAACAACACAAAAAAGCCCAUCAUUAUUAGUUGGAUAAUUGAACAACGAAAUUUUUCCCUUUCCGACUAGCGGAAAGGGUUUCCGAUGUUUUCGUUCUUCCGGUCGUUUUUUUUUUCGAAAGCGGCCGGAGAAGCGAACACUAUUCGGAAGCGAAUAAAAUCUCGUUUCACUAAAUUUCUCAAAAAUGUGAUAAACUCUUAGUUGGACAAGUGAAAAUAAUAAUAAUAAUAAUAUUAAUAAUAAUAACAAUAUUGAUAAACAUAGUAAUAACGGUUAUGAUCAAAACAUUUAGAAAGAAGCGAAAUCCAUAUCCCAGAUCAUGCGACAGAGCAGAGCAGGCAGAGAAAAAGAAAAUAGUUGUAAAACUCAAACAUUGAACAUAAACAAAGCAAAAAAAAAAAACGUAAAAAAUACUUUAUGCAUGUAUUAGUAGUUUUUCGUAUACUUAUCAAUGAGAAAAGCAAACAAAAAAUAGAAACAUAAAAUCAUAACAAUAUCAUAAACAUAAAUGAAGAAAAAUCCAUAAAAAAAAUCUAAAAUUUUCGUUUCGUUUUGACAAAUUUUGGAGUGGCACCGCAGCCCCCCUCCCCCUUUUUUUGUGCGACCCAGAGCGGCGCGCACCCCUCGGAGCAGGGGGUGAGGGCCACUCCGCCGAGAAUAAACUGUUUUAAUUUCCCUUGUAUUAGUAGUACUAGCGGAAGAGAGAAGCACAACGUGAUCAAGUAAUGUUAAAGAAGAAAAAAGAGGACUAAACCUUACAAAAAAUACAUGCUUAAUGUGUAUAUGUGUACCUAUACAUAUAUAUAUAUAUAUAUAUAUUCAAAUGAAAAAAAAAAAUACAAAUCUUUGUAGACUGUUAAGGAUUUAAUCUCGUUCAUAUCCAGCAGCAGCAGCAAACGAACAAUACAAAUUAUUACACACAGACACAGACACACACACACACUCGUGUAGGGUAGAAGUUUUUUUUCUCUCACCUUUGUUUAUUUCUAUUGCUCCUGUAUCAAACAAUAGGCAACGUAUUUUACUUUGAAAAAAAAAGCAUCUCGUGAGGGGUUUCCGAGCACUCACGAGCGCGCUCUCGCGUGCGCGUAUUUCUCUCCUUUCUAAACGUUUUGUUUCACUCGACUGCUCCCUCAUCCGUGCGAAAUAGAGAGGAAAAAUAAACCGAUCGUGUACAAAUAUAAUGGAUAAUAAUUGUUAAUUUUUAUUAGCUAGGAUUGGUAGGAUUUAUACUAUAGGUGUAGCACGCGAGCGAGCGAAGAAAAAGUAAACCCUUUGUUUUACAACAACUUUUAUGAGAAAUGAAGAAACACACGCACUCAACCCCGCGUCUCAGUUCUGGUAACAACGCGCCUAGUUGAGUCGUCGUGUGUGCUCCCGAUUUCGAAAGAGUAAAAGAGAGCGAAAGCGAAUUUCAUCAUUGAAUUUUGACAUUUGUUAGUGUGAUCUUAUCAGUAGUGUUUUUUUUUGUGCUCUCCUUUUAAAUCUGUUUUUAUAUUUUUUGUCUUAUAAAUUCAAAAUACAAAACACAAAGUCAUAGUCAUUUGUUUAUAUGUUUACUUUGUUAUUUAGUCAUGUUCAUUUUUUUGUUUUUUAUUGUAAAUGUUUACACCUAAGUCGAUUUGCAUACAAGCAAGAAUUUUCUAUCUUGACAAGGAGGAAAACUCUAAUAAUGCGUGAUAUUUGUGAUUAAUGAACGAACGCGACCACGAGCAAGAACAAAAAAAAGUAGACAAUACAACAGGCGAGAGCGAGCGAAAGAGAAACCCCUCAGCGCAAGCGCGAGUGAGCAACUCGCGAGUUUUUUUUUUGUUCUGUUCAUAGUUGAUACAAUAAUCAGUAUUUCAGUUCGCAGUUCGUUUGUCAUUUUGCUUUUCUUUUUUUUUUUCCUUUUGUGGUACAUAAGCGAAACGAUUUAGUAAUAACCACUCGAAUCCGCUCCUUUUGCGGAGCGAACGUUAAUAUCUCCUAAGUUGUUUCCAGUGCUUUUUGGCCUUUCGUUGUACCGGCCGAAAAAAGCUAGGAAGCAGGACAAGCAAAUUCGAGCCAAAUUUUCAUUCCAAGUUUUAUUGCCGAUGAAACUUUACUGAAUUUGGUUGAUUCGCCCUUCGUGACAUUGCGCGGAUCCGAAGGUCUCGGGUAGUUUUUGCAACCGAACAACUUAAGCAAAAACUUAGCUACUUAACUGUUAGACGGUUGGCGAAGAUCCGCGAUAGUCGAUCUUUGAGAAUGCACGAAGGAAACCGAAAACUGAACAGCUACACACAACAAAACGAGAACGAAAAGCGAGUUUUUGUUUUAGGUUAGGUUUUUGAAUUAACUAGGUAUCUACAUUUAACGAUAACAGAGAAAGAAACGAGCAGAAGAAAAAGAAAAUCAUUUUUUUUAUUGUGCAGGAAAAGAAAAUUGCGAAAAAGAAGAGAACAUUUGUAAUGGCAAGAAAAAUACAAAACAAAAUAUUAAGUGAUAGUAUCUAAAAGUGAUAAUAAUUAAGAAACAAAAAAGUAAGAAUAACAAUUAUAAUCAAGCAAGAAAAUACAAAUAAUAUUAAUUCUAAUGAAAACACAUUAAUUAUUAUAUCAUUUGUAACAACAACAGAGAAAAACGAAAAUGUGUAAGGCAUACCAAUGGAAAAAAAAACAGUAAAUAUAGGAAUCCACCGUUUUAAAAAUAAUAUUUUCUCUUUCUGUGGACAAAACAUUGAAGCAAACGCAAAUGUUUUAUGAAGAAAAAUACGAAAUACGAAAACAUACAAUAAAUAAAAAUCUCAAAAGUGAAAAAUGAAAACAAACUGCCUUUUUUUUAUUUCUCUUGCGGUUUCAGCGGUUCCCUAUUUAUUUGCAUCUUCGCCUUCGUCGCACUCUCUUCGUUUUUUUUGCGCUUGUCCCCCGCGGGUUUUGGUUUCACCGUUCGUUUGCUUCGGUUGCUGUUUUCUCCUCGUUUUUUUCGACCCACCGGUAAUCGUAAUCCAUCGGGGUCGUAAUCCGAACCUUGUGUUGUGCUAGUCAGUCAAUCCGAAACGUGAAGUGAAAAUUUUCCAAAUCAAAAGAGAGUGCCUCCGACCUGAAUGCGAAUUACGUGGACGAAGGAAGUUUGUUUUUUUUCGAAAUGGUUAGCUAUUAUCAGAACCAUGGAAAGAGAGAAUAUUGCAACCAGUCGUACAAACUAUCAUACACAUACAUACUUACACAAAACAUACAAACCGUUCGGUGAUUAUGAAAGAGCAAUUUUCUAUGGAGACAGCUUUUAGUCGUCGUCAACUCAAAAAAAAAAAACUUAUUCUAUUUGUGCUCUCGUUCGAAGAGAGCGAAGAAGAAGCAAACCCAACAAAACAAACAAAGCUAGCUAGUAAGUUUGACAGAACAAACAAAAAAACUACUCCUAGAAACUAAUUGCUGAAUGCAAAAUGCAAAUAAUGGAAAGCAAAACAAUUUCCGCUUAAAGCAAGCGCCAUGUGAAAUCUAAAUGUCGAUAACGAAGCAAGCUUCGUACCCAUGAAAUGAAGAUACAAAUUUGUAGCUCGUAAGAUUCGAUCACUCGAUUACUAUUAAGUCAAGGGCAAACCUGAUAACUACAAAUCAUUACCUAUAUUUACUUCUGAGUUUACUUAAGUCUGCUGAUAUCCCAUUGUAAGUCAUUGAAAAAAAUGUUUUUCUUGUGAGAACUUUUUUUUAAAACAUGAAAACCAAGAAAUUCUGUGAAUUUAAACAGUGGAAAAGAAGAAAAGAAUACAAAUUUUAUAUCGAACAAAAUAA